GUGUCUGGACGGGGCAGGCAGUGUGUUUCUGAUUUCACAGCCCUCAGCUGUGAUGAUGACAAACCAAAGGGAGGGGAAGUUUAGGUCACAUGGUGCCGAAGUCAUUCUGAAAGUAUGCUAGCGGGGGAACUGCCCACAGACGGGGCCAUGCCACCAGCAUCAUCUGCAGAGCUAAGCGCCGUUUUCUAGCAGGCGAGAAGACAAGGAGUGAAAACAUGUCUGAUCCGACCACCGACUCCAACCCGACCAGCUCCACCUUUAACUCCACCUUCAUCCCCACCUUCAGCUCCACCGCUGCCCUCGCCUCCAGCUCAGGGACCACCAACACCUACGUCCAUGACGUCCAUGACAUCACGGCCGCCGACGGCCUGACCUCCAGAACCAACCAGGUCUACAGCGCCGUGGCCCUGCUGGGUUUCUGCGCCGGCUGCUUCGUCGUCUUCAGCUUCGUCCAGACCUUCCGGGCCCAGCGGCGGCUGGCCUGGCUCGACUGCCUCCUCUGGGUCUUCUGCGGCCUCCAGCUGCUGCUGCUGCUCCUGUCGCUCCACAUCGUGGCGCACCGACCCAAAUACAUGCCGAACUCACUGCUGGGCUGCGCCGCGCUCUCCUUCGCCGUCAACGGCGCGUCUCUCUGCGGCGUUCUGGUCUUGGUGCUGAUGGCGUUCGUCCUCACCCUAGACCCGCCGUCCAACGCGCCGCUGCGGAAGCCGACGGUCUGCGCGGCGCUGGUGCUGCUGUCCUCGGCGGCGGUGAGCCUGCUGCUGGCCGGGCUUCGGGGCCUGCCGCCGGGGCAGGACUGCGUCAUGGAUCCGGCCCCGGCCGGGGUCGCGUACGCAGCGGCGAAGCUUUCUCUGGCGGUCCUGGUUCCCUACGCCCUGCAGGUUGGACUUCUGGUCAGCGGCUGCGUCCGGCAGUGGCGAUCGAAAGGCCGCUUCCUGUCGGGCUCGGAGGAGGGUCCGGUCUUUCUGACCGUCACGGUGCUGGUCUUCCUCUGCCAGCUGUUCCACUGCGCUGCGCUGCUGCGGGCGGCCGGGCUGGUCCAGAACGGCCAGGAGAGGCGCCUGGACCGGGCCUUUCUGACCGUGGCGGAGUGCGUCCUGUUCUCCGGCAGCAGUGGCAGCAUGGUGCUGGUGCUGCUGCUGCACCGGCCGAGCCGGGAGAGCCUGCAGGGGGCGCUGCGGCAGCUGCGGGACUGCUGCCGGCGGCCCGGCCGCGCUCAGCCCAACAGGAACAUCAUCGCGCCGCACAUCGAGAUCACAGACACGCUGCAGGACAUGGAGUCAUAGGCUGCCAUCUUUUAUAUCUGUUUCUGCAAACCGCAAGCGCAGAAGAAGAACGCUGACGUCACAACGGCGCUCUGUUUACGGAAGUAAUAAUGGCCGCCGCCGCCGCUCUAUCGAUGGAUUUUAAAGGGAACUAUGACGCAAACUUCAUGUUUUCAUGCUUCCAUUUGGGCCUCAACGAGGUCAAGACAGACUUUACUGCACAUUUCUACCCCAACAAACAUUCAUAGUUUAGUUUUCUGUUGUUCCAUCUGUACUGAAAUAUUUGCACUGGAAACCAGACCAGGGUGGGCAGCUCCAGGCCUGGAGGGUCUCCUGUAACAUUUAGAUGCGUCUCUACUUCAACACACCUGGUCAAGUAAUGAGGUCGUUAGCAGAACCUGACGGCACUGAGGAGGAGAUUCAGCUGUUCGAUCCAGGUGUGUUGGACCAGGGAGACACUAAGAGCUGCAGGACACCGGACUUCCAGGACCUCCAGGCCCUCCAGGACCUCCAGGACCAGGACUGCCCACCCCUGAACUAGACCAAAGAUACUUUAUUUGUGUUUUUGGAGUGAAGAUUUAAAAUCCACUUCAACAUAAGAAAGAGACAAAGGGAUCAAAUGUAAACAUAUGGAAGUAAAAAACAAACAAACAGAUUUCUGGUGACACUUUCCUGCUGUGUGAACGCAGCCCGAGAUGAAACCGUCUUUGGUUCAGAAACAACAGACAUCAAGUUCCGACUUUUAAACAAGCUAACUUUAGCUGUUAGUAACUUUAGUUGGGCAGCAACAUGUGGGGGAGGGGCUGUAAUGGCUGGAAGCGGCAGUAAAGCUGCUACCUUGAUUCUACAAACUGAUCCAAGCAGAAUCAGAACUGACAUCCGACAGAUUAAAACUCUGUGGACGUUUCCUUUCACUUUCUAAGCGUUUAUUUUUAUUUUCAUUUCAUGAAAGAUUGAAAAAUCUGAAAUCAAAAUGUUUUCUGCUGUUUAA